UUUUUAAGGUACAAGUACCAUUUUCCCUUCCUUGAAACAAAUGGCACCGUGAGUGUGGAUGACAAUCGUGUGGAUCCGCUGUACAAGCAUACUUUCCCCCCCACAUUAGCUCCUUGGCUUUCAUUUAUUGGGAUACCAUGGAAGAUUGUUCCAUUCCCUGUCUUUGAGCUUCAAAGCAAGUGGGUUGCUGGCGUUUUAUCUGGUCGAAGUAUGCUUCCAUUACAAGAAGAGAUGAUGGAAGAUGUCAAAGCUUUUUACUCGACAAUUGGAGCUUCUGGCAUACCUAAGCGAUACACUCAUUUUAUGGAUGAAGCUCAGUUUGAGUACUGCAAUUGGCUUGCUGCGCAAUGCGGAUGCUCAGGCUAUGAGAAAUGGAGAGAGCAAAUGUUCCGUGCUUGUAAUAAGAACAGGCGUGUCCGACCGGAGACAUACCGUGAUGAAUGGGAUGAUCACGAUCUGGUUUUGCAAACACACCAGGAAUUUACAAAAUAUACCUCAACUACUGUUAAUGACAAAUAUAGAAGUGAAUCCUUUACGGUACAAAGGUAAACUUACCAGCUCCAUUAUUCCCUAUGGUUCUCUCAUCAAUGCAUGUUAAAGCUUCUUAUUAACCAUCCUU